UUCCUUGACAUAGCAGUUUAAGCCACACUCGGCUCGAAAAUGUCAGUCUGUAGAGUGAAUUACCUUGUCUUCUAGGUUUUUGGCUCAUAUACCUAAGAACUACUUGGGAAGGGUUCUACAUUCAGUGAUUACUGGUCACAGGAGUGGGCAUUUUGGAGAGAAAUGUACUUACAUUUCUUAUAGAUGACCAGCUUUCGGCAGCAGCUGUACAUUUAGUGUAAUAUUAUUUUGGUUUUGUAUAAUGUUUGCGUUGUUUUCUGGGCUAUGGAAAUACCUUUUCCAAAAGGACGAAUACUGUAUUCUAAUCCUCGGCUUGGACAAUGCUGGGAAGUCGACUCUACUUGAACAGAUAAAACGAAUGUAUGGCAAAAACUACAGUGGUUUACCAUUUGAAAAGAUCACAACAACUGUUGGACUCAAUAUUGGAAAAAUAAACAUGAGUCAUGUGAAGUUGAUAUUUUGGGAUCUUGGAGGUCAGCAGGAGCUACAAACCUUAUGGGAUAAGUACUAUGAAGAAUGCCAUGGUGUUAUCUUUGUUAUCGAUUCCACUGAUGAGACCAGAAUGGAGGAAUCUCAUCAGGCUUUCAACAAAGUAGUUCAAGAUCCUCAGCUACAAGGAAUUCCUUUGCUAAUUCUUGUGAACAAGCAAGAUCUAGAGGGUUCUCAGGGAGUGGAAGCCAUUAAAAAUUUCUUCCAUGAUGACUCUUCUAGCAAUGGGCAACUUGAUUAUUUUAUUCAGCCAACAUCAGCUUUAAGUGGAGAUGGGUUAGGUAUUGGAAUUGAAUGGCUUGUACAAUCAGUAAAACGAAAUCUGGAACGACCGCCUCGACAGAAAGAUAUCACAUAACUUAAACCUGAUCAUAAAGGAAUUUCUUAUUACAAUAACUCUAAAUUUCCAAGCAGAAAGGAGAUGAGAGGAAAGAAAAUAUCAACAGGGAAUGUUUUUUUAUUUCAUUAGCGUUAAAUUCUCAGAGCUCAAAUGAUAUUAAAAAACAAAACAGUAGACAGUGCGGAGAGUUGAAAUUUAGAUCUCAAGAGUGAAUGGGCAAUAUAAGCUGGAUAAAAAAGGCAUACAUUUUUGUUUUUUGUUUUUGUUAUUUUUUCUUAAUUUAAAUGAAAAUUUGGAUUUCUUAUUCACAAAAUGUCCAGAGGAGAUAUCUUGAGUACGUGAAGGACGAGUUAUUAUAAUGUGCAUUAUAUCAAAUAUACUUAAAAUUUAUUCGGAUGAUGUGCGUGAUACGAAUAGCGUACUCAUACAAGUCAGAGGUAUUCAGAUAUAACAGAAAAAUAAAUAUGCAUCGCAUUUAAUUUGUACAAAAAGCAAUGUUAGAGAUGAUCCAAGGAAAAACUACAUGUAGGUACUGCGUAGACUACAUGGCUUGGGAAAAAGGUCAUAGGAAAUUUCACGUCAUGCUACGAGUAAAUGUAAGAAAAAAUGUUUGUACAGUAUUUACGAGUGUUUGUUGCCUAUUUAGUCAAUGUGCCUAGCUGUGACAUUAAGUUUGAAAGACAUUGAAGUACAAAACUCUUACUUCGCUGUUAAUCAAACAAAAAAUUCGGUUGUUAGCCAACUUUGUCUGUUGAUUCCUGUCAUUCUGAUUGAUGGUGUUCUGAGUUCUGAACUUUACUAUUCGAAUGUUACUGACAAACGCAGUAGAAAUUUUUUUAUGUUGUGGCAUUUGCCUGGUGUGCAU